GUGUUAUGUUGUGUUGUGACUUGUGAAGUGUCAAAUUUUUAUCACUUCAUUCUCUAAACCCUUCUGCAGUUCUGCUUUUGAAUUGUUUUUAUUGGUAGUAUGGCAAAUAAGGCAGUUGUUAACAGAUCUAAAUAGAAUGCUCUUGUAUUUAGAAACCAAUAUAAUAUUGAAAAGAAAAUAACUGUUUUCAAUGUCAAUCCUCAUUUAGUGGUAAAAGCAUAACCUUCAAACAUUGUGUUAAGUUAACAUAGGUAACUCUUUAUAAAUUGUCUCCCUGUGAUUUUGCAGAUUGUGAAACCUAACUUUUAAACAUGACCGCAAAUAAACUGCAAGGAAACUCUGAGAGUAGUAAAGGUUCAGAUAAAAUUACUACACAUGAGAAAUAUUUUGCAGAUCUUGAAAAGUGGCUGCAUGAAGCAUAUAUGUGGCAGGGUGUAGCAGCAAGCUUCCCUUACUUUUUGAUGUGUAAUCAGUAUAUGUCACAGUUUCCUUCUAAUACAGGAAAUGAACACACAGGAAACGUCAGAAACCCUUUUCUCCAUGAUCCUACUGGACGUAAUAACGCUGGCUUUCAGCAACAACAAACAAGAGUUACCUUUAGCCACGGAAUCGAGUGCAAGAUUCCAGCGUUAUGGAAGAGACUGCUAGCAGAGUUUCUGGACUUUCUCAUCUUGUUCAUAUUGAAACUAGCAGUUACUUGGAUUGCCAUUGAUUUCUUUGAAAUUAUAGACCUGGCAAAGUUCGACCUAGACAGUCUGCAGGUAGAUAUGAGAAGGAUGGACUACAGAGUUGCCCUACAAGUCACUCACAAUAUCAUGAUCUUGGAAGUAGUUCACAGGGUUGUCGUGUGUAUUUUUGAGACAUUUUGGCUGGUAGGUGGUGUCGCAGGCAGGAUCGGAGGAGCGACACCAGGCAAGUCAAUGAUGGGGUUGAGGGUUGUCCGAUGUGAAAAUGUCACAAACCUGCCAGGCAAUGACGAGAUCGUAGUAGUCUACCCUGGGACAGAUCUGGGGCUCGGCUGGGCUUUUGCAAGAUCUUUCAUUAAAAAUCUCGUUUUGGCGCUUUUCAUCCCAUUCAUAGUUGCCUUCUACUACUUUCCAUUUAACAGAGCUGGGUACGAUAUGAUUUGUAACACUAUUGUCAUCGAAGAGCCUAUUGUACAGCAUAGACCAAACAAUCAUUAAAUGUUGUGUUGUACAA